AUGCCUCACCGGGUGGGGCCGCUGGUAGACACGGGAAUGGGGCUGAGUGGCCUGUUGCUGAGCGGGAAGGAUUGUGUGACCCUCUCGCCCCUCCCUGUUACAGAGUGCCGGGAGGAACGGUACCCGUGUACCCGCCUGUAUUCGGUCCACCAUCCACUGAAGCAGUGCGUCCACAGUCUGUGUUUCUACAGUCUGCGGAGGAUGUACGUGGUCAACAAGGAGAUCUGCAUGCGGACGGUCUGCCAGGAGGAAGAGAAGAUUAAAGCGGACCUCUGUCGGACUCAGUUUGGAUGGCCUCGGCGCUAUCGCAGGAACAAUGGGGUCCGACAGCGAAUUCGUUGCAAGGAUCUUGUUCCUUGAGCGCUGACGACGCCUGGGGGGGGUGGACAGGCUGCGAUGUGGGGGAGGGAGGUGGAGGCUGGG